GGAGUAGAUUUGACCAAGACAGUAUCAGCAGCACUGGCAGAUGAAGGCGAAGAUGAAAAACAGGGACACAUCAAUGAAGUAACAUCUUUGAUAACAGUCAUUCCUAACCAGGGCAUUCUUAUCCCUCACCAGAAGACUCCAGUAUAUUUUAGAUUUAGCCCAAGAUGGUACAGCUCAAAGCAAGGCUGGAAGACCCAGACAUGCCCACCUCCUCGGAAAGAUUUUGCACUUUUUGUGAAGCUGCAGGUGGUUGGGUCUAGCAGUGGCUAUGUGGACAGUCAUGAGGCUGAGAUACACAGUGGCAAGACGAGAAUUUCUGAAGGCAUGUAUGUUGAGGUUGCGCUCACAGGCACUGCACUUCCUGUGUUGAUGAACAUUGCACCUUCGACAAAGUUGGAUUUUGGUGAAUGUCCAGUUGGGCAACAUGCUGACAUCCUGUGUACAGUCAAGAAUGAAUCAAAUAUUCUUCCUAUCCUGUUUGAGUUUAGGCGCAUCGCUCACUUCAAUGCCUACCCUUCCUGUGGCAAAAUUUUACCAGGGCAGACCCAGGAUGUUAUAUUCUCUUUUGCACCGAAACAAAUUGGCACUUUCAAACCAGAACAGUUUUUAGAUGUUCUUGGUCAAAUAACUGACAGGAUGAACCCAUUAAUCUCAAUGACUCAAGUCAUCUACAGUCUACCAAUGAAAUUGUCAGGAUGCAGUCACCCCAUUACUACAGUUCCAAAGGCAAAAUUCAACCCAGGUAUCACACCAUAUAUCACAAACGAAGUUGGGAUGUUUGUGGAUACAGCAUUUAAGGAUCUCAAAGAUGUCAACCUUAGAAACGCCUUGGCAGGUUCCACCAAAACAAAACUUCAUCUGCUGAAGAUGGCAUUCCCCAAUGACCGGGCCUGCAGCGUGCGUCCAAGCAACCCAAAGGAAAGAUACAAGUCACUAUUCACCCAUUCUGAACGGUACCACUAUGUCGACCCUGAUUACGCUUUUGAUGAUCUGGAAAUGGAAAAGAGGCUAAAGCACCGAUCAGGAUAUCUGCAGCUCAUACACCAGAGUAGGGAGAGACGAUGGGAACAGAGACAGUCGAAAGAGUUCAAGAAGACCAAUAACAGUAUAGAUAUUGGAAUCAAGUCUGCAGCAGGCAUUCUCCCAAAAAAGCUUACCCAGGCUGAAAUCUUGCCAGAUAUACGUUCAGACUUACCUCCCAACAUGGAGUGGAAAAUCCUCAGUACCAAAGAGCUUGCCCAGUCUGAAAAAGAAGUCAUUUCAAAACCAAUCUGUGAUGGCUUGCAUGCAAUUCCCACAACUCUGACAGAAAAAAACGAUUGUGCUAAAUGGCUCAACCCUCAGGAACUGUAUCAAGUUAUUGUUGGGCCACCUGUCAUUGAUUUUGGCCAGGUAUGUGUGAGAUCCAUUUGCCAGAAGGAAGUGAAGAUUAUCAAUAAUCUAUCACAGUUCAUCCACAUAGUGGCAGAGAUUGACUGUCUAGAGCUGAGACAGAGCAGCCCUCUGUCCCAAGUUGUGCCACCACAGUCGAAAGCUGUGAUACCGAUCAUUUUCGAGUCCAGCACAAAAGAAACAUUUCAGAGAUCUGUUGUGUAUACUAUUAAUGGGUUCUACAAACAUUACAUCAUUGUGCUGGCCGAGGUGGUGCCUGUAGCUCUAGAACUUUCUGCAGGAAAAAUUUGCCUCAAACCUUCCCCUGGAAUGCCAGCAGAAGCAGGUUUCCGUGGGGUCAUUACCCUCCAGAACAAACUCAAUUACCAAGCUGAGUUCACCUGGUCGCCAGAUUUGGGAGAGAAAGGAACAGCUUUCUCCAUCAGGCCGGCAUCAGGUGUGGUUGAUGCCAAUACAGACCUAGAUUGUGAAGUUGUGUGGCAUGCUUCAUAUAUGGCCCCAGAGGAGGGCUCAUUUACACUGUUCAUCAGCGGAGGCGAAUCUCGCAAACUUUACUGCACAGCUGAGGUGGCAAAUACCAACAUCUUCUUCUUAGACCAGAGAAUCAAUUUUGGGACAGCCCCAGUGAACCUGACUACAGUAAUCAGCAGUCGACUCCACAACAGUGGCAGCCAUCAUGGAUACUUUUAUGUCAUUGAUCCGAACCCGCUGCCAAAUCUUAUUGUCAGCCCUAUCAGCGGCGUUGUACCAGUAGGUGGCAGCACUGAAAUUCAUGUGGCCUUGACUCCGGAUUCUAUAAUGAAGUUUGAUACUAAAAUUCUGGUGGCCAUUAGAGGGGGAAAAACUCUGGAGCUGAGAGUCGCUGGAAGUGUUGAAUCUCCCAAUGUAAACAUUGGGGUGCCAUCUUUCAAUUUUGGUGGAGUGUACUGUGGGUCGUCUGCAACGAUACCAUUUGACCUAGAAAACAAGGCACAUUCAAAAUGCAGAUUUGAAGUGGACCUGACAAAAUAUCAAGACUUUUCCAUCACAUUCCCUGGAUGUCAGACGCAAGAUGACCUCAAUUUUCAACUGUUAAAUCCAGGAAAAGCAUCUGUCACUCUUGAUCCUCAAGAGGUUAUUCAAGGGGAGAUAACGUUUACUCCAAAACAGGUGGCAGCCUAUGAUUUCAUCCUCCUGGUGACUGUCAACAAUUUAGAAGAUCACGGAAUGGCCGAACCCCAGGUGAAGUCAUCCAUUUCUAGCCACAGCACUGUGCAGCAUGUUGUUAGCCCCAAAUCCACUUCACCGACAGCAGUCAUCUCUCGCAAACACGUCAUUGCUACGGCGAUGCGCCAGCCUCUACAGCUUCAGACCAACAGGCUAGAGUUCAUACUGCCAUCUGACUUCAAAGAAAAGAGUGCCCAUUUAAAAGCUGGAGUCACAAAG